AUGGAUUUUGCUUUUGAAAAAGAAAAAUUAAAUAUCGCUGGACGUGACAGUCAGGAAAGCCGAAAGAUACUUAUCACCGGCGGGGCGGGCUUUAUUGGAAGUCAUGUGGCAAAGUAUCUCUACGAUCGUGGAAACUAUGUUCGUGUCAUCGACAUCUUACCAAAUACAACCGGCCCAUUUGGAGACCCAAAAAAUUAUUGCUCUGAAUUUUUAACUGGAGAUUUAAGAGAUUUAUCUGCGUGCCGUUAUGCUGUAAGAGACGUACAAUGGGUCUUUCACUUUGCCGCUAGUGAGAAUAGGACGGGUCUAAUUUACGAGAAAAGUGACUUCACUUUAUACAAUGAAAACCAUUUGAUAACAGUUAAUAUUACACAAGCUGCUAUUGAAAGAGAGGUAGAGCAAUUCUUUUACGCGUCCUCUGCUCGCGUCUAUCCAAUUUACACAGGCGAAUAUAACCGAAAACUAAAAGAAUCAGACGUAUGGCAAUGUACGAACGGAGAUCAUCACGUAGAUCCACAAUGCCUUUAUGGCUGUGAAAAAUUGAACAGCGAAAUUUUUUUGGAGAAAUUUGUAAAAGGAAAAAACCUAAACAAAAUCCCAACUGAAAUCAAAAUAGGAAGACUUUACAACAUAUUUGGAGAGGGAGAUGAUUGGAACGGGGAAAUGGUGGAAACUCCGUCUACAUUAAUCCAUAAAGCAAUUCACUUGACUACCGAGAGUGAAAAUAAUGACAAGAUGGAGAUUUGGGGUUCUGGAAAUCAGCUGCUUAGCUUUUUGUAUAUUGAAGAUUGUGUGGAUGCCAUCAUCAAAUUAAUGGAAAGUAAUUAUUCGAAGACACUAAAUAUUGGGUCCGAAGAAGCUCUUACAAUAGAGGAAUUAGCAUACAUAGCUAUUGAUACCGUAGGAGUUCGGCGAGACCGAGUAAAGUUAAUUGUGAAUGAGAAAGUAUCCGUUGGUGUAGGAAAUCAAAGUUCCGAUAAUUCGCUGAUCAAAAAAGUUCUCGGAUGGUCACAACAGACCUCGAUCCGAAAGGGCAUGGAGAGAACCUCUACGUGGAUGCAAACUAAAAUCAGAAAAGGGUCAAUGCAAAAAAAUUCAUUCGCCGAAAAAUUGCAUCAGGACGAGAUAAGACUAUUAUCAAAAGGAAUAAAAUUUGGAUUAUUACUUCCGAUUACAUCUCGUGGAUUAAAAAAUCCGGAGGAUUGUCUUACUCAUCUUCAUAACUUUACUCGGAGUUUAUACGAGACAACACAAGCAGAUGUCGCCGGCAUGAAUGGGAUCAAGUUUUCUUUCAAAAUUUUUGUGGGGAUUGAUUCGGAUGACGCCCUUUUUUAUCCUAUCAAGAAUAACAUAGUCGAAUCUAUCCUUAAGGUGCAUGGAAUAAUAGAUAUUGAGACACGUGAGUUUGAUUUUCCUCCGGGAUCAAUCUGUAAAAUUUGGAAUUAUCUAGCGAAGGACGCGUACAAUCAACAGUGUGAAUAUAUAGUUCUUUUUGGAGAUGACAUCAUAAUUGAAAAUGCCAAUUGGAUGUCGAAAAUCCAUAAUAACUUUGUUAAAAUUUCAGAAGAGAAAAAGGUUCCACGUGGUUUUGGAUGCGUCGCUUUCACUGAAGCAACAUUUCCAGGAUUUCCCACCUUCCCAGUAAUGUCAAAACUUCAUAUUGAUAUAUUUCAUGGCAAUCCUUUCCCAGAUAUGCUUACAAACCAAGAUGCUGAUGUCUUUCUCUUUCAACUAUAUCGUCGUUGGGGAUGUUCGAUUAUGUUGAACAAUGUUAAGCUUCGAAAUUUAAUUGGUGGAAGCAAAAAAGGACGGUAUGAAAGGAUUUUUCAUGAUUGGAGUUUUUCGGUGCUGGAUGAUGCCGUACUCGAAGUUGAAAAAUGGAUGCACGAAAAUCUUGAAAAUGUAGUUCCUAGGAUGCUCACAUUAGACAUCAUUGUUCCUUCUUAUCAUGUUCAGAUGCUGUACCUGGAACCAAUAAUAAAUCUCAAAAAGUCCGAUACAGUUUCGACCAUGACAAUUAUUAUUGUAGAUGAUCCAAACUCUCCGCAAAUCGCUGACCUCAAAAAAUAUGAGUAUAACGCUUUUAUUCGUAUUCGAGGAACAAAGGGAAAUGUGGGUUUAAGCGAAUCUCGUAAUCAAGGGAUGUCCGAAUCAACUGCUGAUUACAUUUUAUUUCUUAAUGAUGAUGUGAUACCUGAUCCUGAUAUAUUGAUAGAGGCCGAAAAGGUUAUUCGUAAAUUCCCUAUGACAUGUGGAUUUGUCGGCAACGUCAAAUUCCCGGAAUCUAAUCAAAGCAUUUUCAAAAAUGCGGUAAAAAUGUCGGGUAUCCCUUGUUUUUUGAAUAUUUCCAGAGAUAUUGAUAAGGAUGUUCCAUGGGGUGUUACUGAUAACCUCAUCAUUCGUCGGUUAAAAGAUAAUAUCGCAUUUAAUCAUGGUUUUUCAAAGGUUGGAUGUGUGGAGGAUAUUGACUAUUGUUUAAGAAAGAAACGAUUCUUUACACAAAAUGUUAACAAUGGAGAGGGAUUUCGCAGUGCUUCCACGGUACAGGUCACGCGUCAAUGGUGGAAUAACGGAAAAAGAUCAUACCUUCAAUUCGCAAAAUUGUCUUACGGAGACGGUCAACUAAUCAAGAUAUAUCCAGAGUAUGCCUAUAGAGAUGUACCCAACAGUGCGGAGCUUCUGUUGUUACUUUUGUUGCUUUUGAUACUUCUCCUUCCGGAAACACUUAUGUUCAGCAUUCGAACAUUAAACAUGGCAACAUUAACUGUCCUUUUUUCAAUACCGCUGAUUUUUAUUGUAAACAUACUUGACGAGAUUAACUUUCAAAUUGUACGAGAACCAGGAAACCAUGUUACAGAUUUGCACGGAUUUAGUCGAAUUCUCGCUGCAUCCGAAUCUUCAACUGUGAGAAUGUUUAGUGAGAUUGGAAGAUUAUUUGGACAAAUAUGUAGGAAUGAAUGGAAUUAUAUUACUUAUAGAUUUGAUUGGUUUGCUAAUCAAUUUAGUGAUGAAAAGCGAAAUUAUGAAAGGCAACGUUCCCGAGAAAAAUUCUGGACGUGGGUGAUGCUGUCAACUUUGAUUGCGUAUUGGGUAAUCAAUGUAUUCUGA